GAGGAGAAAGAAGAAGACGGCACUGAACCCCAUUGGCCAAGUUUUUAUCACUCGCUCCACUUCACAGUCCAUAUUCCCUCUCCUCUGCCCAUAUCAGUCCCCACCCGCAUUGACAAAGCAACACCACCAACAUCAUCGACAGGAAUUAACAAUAAUUUCCUCCCUCCAACCUAUCCAAUCCCAUUUCAUUUCACCCCCCCUUUGCUUCAAUCCUAAUCCUUGUCCUUUUAACUUCCUAGACCGGAUAUGAGCAGGAAGAUCUGGAAUGUAGUGGUUCUACUUCUGUGAGUGAAUCCUGUUUUCCAGUGGUAAAGUUUGUUUUUUGAGGAGGACUCCUUUGAGAAGGCCUGGCCAUGGAAGGUGGGUCGAGCUCACAACCUCCUGCUAAGCCAGAAUCUGUGCGGACGGGCAAGAGGCUUCGCUCCAUGCUCCCCAACAUCGAGCCCUUUGUGCCCAGGACUGACCACCACCCCAGAGAGCUGAGAUCUUGGGCGAAGAGAACUGGGUUUGUGUCGAAUUUCUCAGGCGAGACGAACACAAGUGCCAGUGUGAGGUUUGAUAGCAGUGGAUUUGAUGUGGAGAGAGGCUUGGAUCGUAGAGGUGGGGGGUCCACUUCGCCUAAGAUAGAGAUUGACCCAAUUCUUGGGAGAACCAAACAGAACCAGGGGUCUGAAAUCGAGCCGGUUCCAGGGAAUAGUAACAAGAGUGAAAAUGGUGUUGGGUUGGGGUCUGGGUUGGGAGCUUUGAGGGGUGAGAACCAGAGGAGGAGAGUUGUGGAUGAGUCCAGUUUGAGGGACAAAGAAGACGAAGGAAGAGUAGGUUUGAACGGAAACAGGCACGUGAAUGGAAAUGGAAAUGAUGCUAAAGCGAAUUCAGUUGUUGAUGGCACUGAAGGCAGAGAUGGGGGCUCCGAUGCGGGUCUGGGUUCUGAGCCAAAGAAGGAUGAGGUGAAUGUUGAAGUUGGCCCAGAAAAUAAUGGGUAUCAUCCUUCCGGCGAAGAGCCAUCUCCUGAUCCUGGAUGGUUGGAUAAUGGAUUGGAGAUGAGAUGUGGAUUGAGAGAUAAGCCAGGUUUAGCAUCGGUUAUUUAUUACAGCCUGCAACACUACCUAUCAUUGGCCGGUUCAUUGAUAUUUAUCCCAUUGAUAAUCGUACCAACCAUGGGAGGAACAGAUAAGGAUACCGCUACUGUCAUUUCUACAAUGUUAUUGGUGUCUGGGAUAACUACAUUAUUGAACUCCUACCUUGGAACCCGCCUUCCAUUAGUCCAGGGGAGCUCGUUCGUUUAUUUGGCACCGGCAUUGGUGAUAAUGAAUUCACGGGAAUACCGCAAUCUCUCAGGACAUAAGUUCAGACACAUAAUGAGAGAACUGCAAGGUGCUAUAAUCAUCAGUGCGAUUUUCCAGACCAUUUUGGGAUUCAGCGGAUUGAUGUCUCUCUUGCUUAGGUUGAUAAACCCUAUUGUGGUGGCACCAACUAUUGCUAUGGUAGGCUUAGCAUUUUUCAGUUACGGUUUUCCACAGGCCAGUCAGUGCGUGGAAAUAAGUAUUCCUCUCCUUGUGUUGGUUCUUAUUUUCACUUUGUAUCUUCGAGGCAUUUCUGUGUUUGGACAUCAAGUAUUUCGUGUUUACACGGUCCCACUCAGCCUUAUGAUCAUAUGGGCAUAUGCGUUCUUUUUGACCGCCGGUGGAGCCUACAAUUACAAAGGGUGUAGUCCUGACAUUCCAAGCUCGAACAUCUUGAUCGAUUCCUGCAGGAAACAUGCUAACACCAUGAGGAGCUGUAGGACUGAUGUUUCCAAUGCAAUGAGAACCGCCGACUGGGUUAGGAUCCCAUACCCUUUACAGUGGGGCAUCCCUAUUUUCCAAGUGAGGACAUCAUUAAUUAUGAUCUUUGUGUCCUUGGUCGCAUCAGUUGAUUCGGUUGGGACAUACCACUCCACUUCAUUGCUGGUCAGUUCAUGGCCUCCAACUCCUGGAAUCGUUAGCAGAGGAAUUGCAAUGGAAGGUUUCUGCAGCAUAUUGGCAGGGCUUUGGGGCUCGGGUACCGGAUCCACAACUUUGACAGAAAAUGCUCACACGAUCAGGGUCACGAGGGUGGCGAAUCGUAGGGUAGUCGAAGUUGGAGCAAUUCUCUUGAUGUUCUUCUCAUUAAUAGGAAAAGUCGGGGCUAUCCUGGCUUCUAUACCUCAGGCCUUGGCUGCUUCGAUAUUGUGCUUCAUAUGGGCCCUCAUCGUGGCAUUUGGCUUCUUGAAUUUGCAACAUGGUCAGAAAGGAAGCUUCCGGAACAUGACAAUUGUUGGGGUCUCUCUGUUCCUUGGCUUGUCAAUCCCGGCAUACUUCCAACAGUAUCAGCCUCUGUCAAACUUAAUGGUGCCAAGUUAUUUGAUUCCUUCUUCAGCCGCAUCGGAUGGACCAGUCCACAGCGGCAGUCCUGGAUUUGAUUUUGCCAUAAAUGGGCUAUUGUCGAUGAACAUGGUGGUGACACUUCUGGUGGCGCUCAUAUUGGACAACACAGUUCCAGGUAGCAAGCAAGAACGAGGAGUGUACAGAUGGUCCCGACCCGAAGACCUAAUGAAUGACCCAUCCUCACUCGAAGACUACUCCCUGCCCAGAAAAGUCACCCGGGUUUUCUGUAGGUCCCGGUGUUUGGGCCCAUGAUGCCCCUGGCACCAUUAUACCAUUAUACCAUUUUCUCGGGUCUGUUUCUGGACCAGGUUCAUAUCAAGCAUUUAUCUGCAGGCUCCGCACAGGUCCCUCGACUAACCUAAGGUUUGAUAGCAGUCAGGUGACUUUGAGUGGAUAUACUAAAGUAGUGUUAGAAACAGUGACUCAGGAUCUCUCUACUUAGCACAUAAUUAUUCGUAAUUCUAUCGGUUGACAUGAAAUGUUUGCAAUGUCUAAAAUCAUAGGUGAAGAAGAAUGCUGAUUUUGCAUUAGAAGCAUUAGAUAGAUUACAAGAAGAUCUAUUUAUUUGCAGGAGGAAAGAUGUUACGAGGAUUUAUUGAAAUGAUUGCUCUCUGAAUGUAAUUCUGAUAUAUAUAUAUAUAUUUUAUGGCUUUGUACCUAUUUUUUUCCCUUCUCUUAUGGAAUAAGAAAGGAACGGUUGUAUUGUACUUCCCAUUACAAGAAAGGUUCACGAGCUUAAUAUAAUAAAAUAGAAAUUCUAAUA